AGGAGGCAUUUUUCAGUCUAAGAUACAAUUUUAUUUAUUCCAAGGUAAUGAGGUUUUACAGAGUGGUUACUGUUAGCAAAUCUUCCAUUCUGAAAUGCAUGGCAUCCGUUCAGAAUGAGCGAACAAGGCAGGAGUAUCCGUGUGCUCCUUCCUUCCUCAGCAGACCCUCCCUUCCAGCACCAGCUUCCUCUGCUUGGUGCCGCCCCCCGCCCCCCCAGGGACAGUAAAUCCAUCUGAAAUCAGUAAUGGCUGAGGUCUGGAACUCAAGAAAUGAAAUAUCUCUUCUAGGAUCUUCUAGAUAACAAUGCCCACAUUGAGACCAAAGUUAUAUCUGGAAUUUCUUUCCGGGCAUCUACUUAUUCCUAACUCACUUAUAUUUGAGUUUAAAAUAUAGUCUUUUUAAAAGAAAAUUGCACUGCUUUCAAAAUGUCUACACAUGUGACAUUUUACCAGGCUUUUUAGCUACUUCUCAGUAAACACAUCGAGGUGAAUAGUCCAUUCUUUUUCCUCUGUACAAACACAGAAACCAUUUCUUGGAAAUCAGCCAUUCUUUCCUCAUCCAAGUUUAAAAGGGGAAGACUUUACAUUAAAUUUUUAUGAAUAUUCUUGAUGUUCAGAUUAGAAAGAAAACACAUGUGAAUCAUGCUGUUCAGAUAAAAGCAGCAUCCCACUAUAAAAGAACAGCCACUAGAUGGUAGACACGGAAGCCAACAGGCAGAAAAGGUAUUUUCUUGAGGUCAGGACAGUGAGAAUGGGGCAUCUCGCCACCCUCGUGCUGUUAUGUCUGCCAGUCUGCUUGGCAUAUCCACUGAAUGGAGCAGCGAGGAAGGAGGACUCGAACAUGGAUUUUGUGCAGCAAUACCUGGAAAACUACUACAACCUUGCCAAAGAUACGAAACCAUUUGUUAGAAGACGGGACGGUGGUCCUGUUGUUGAAAAAAUCCGAGAAAUGCAGAAGUUCCUCGGAUUGGCGGUGACGGGGAAGCUGGACUCGGACACUCUGGAGAUGAUGCGCAAGCCCAGGUGUGGCGUUCCCGAUGUUGGGGAGUUCACUACCUUCCCUGGCAUCCCCAAGUGGAGGAAAACCCACCUUACUUACAGGAUUGUAGAUUAUACACUGGAUUUGCUGAGAGAUGCUGUUGAUUCUGCCAUUGAGAAAGCUCUGAAUGUCUGGAAGGAGGUGACUGCACUUACUUCCUCCAGGACUGAUGAAGGGGAGGCUGACAUAAAGAUCUCUUUUGCAGUUAGAGAUCAUGGAGACUUUAGCCCUUUUGAUGGAUCAGGACAUGUUUUGGCUCAUGCCUACCCGCCCGGGCCCGGCUUUUAUGGAGACGUUCACUUUGAUGAUGAUGAACUAUGGGUGGAAGAUAAAUCAGCAACCAACUUAUUCCUGGUUGCUGCUCAUGAACUUGGCCAUUCCCUGGGUCUCUUUCCCUCGACCGACCCUCGCGCUCUGAUGUACCCAGUCUACAACGCACUCACAGACCUGGCCCGCUUCCGCCUUUCUCAAGAUGAUGUGGAUGGCAUCCAGUCCCUGUACGGAGCUCCCCCCGUCUCCCCGGAUGAGCCCAUGGCACCCACGGAAUCUGUGCCUUCAGGACCUGAGACCCCAGCCGCGUGCGACCCCGCUUUGUCCUUCGACGCAAUCAGCACUCUGAGGGGAGAAAUCCUGUUCUUUAAAGACAGAUAUUUUUGGUGCAGAUCUCACUGGAGCCUCAAACUUGAAUUUCAUUUGAUUGCUACAUUUUGGCCCUCUCUACCCUCAGACUUGGAUGCUGCAUAUGAAAUUACAAGCAAGGAUAUCCUUUUUGUGUUUAAAGGAAAUGAGUUCUGGGCCAUCAGAGGAACUGAGGUACAAGCAGGUUAUCCAAAAAGCAUUCACACCCUGGGUUUUCCUACAAUCAUAGGGAAAAUUGAUGUAGCCGUUUCUGAUGAGGAAAAGAAGAAAACGUAUUUCUUCGUAGGGAACAGAUACUGGCAAUUUGAUGAAAACAACCAGUCCAUGGAGCAAGGCUUCCCCAGACUAAUAGCGGAUGACUUUCCAGGGGUUGAGCCGGAGGUUGAUGCUACAUUUCAGGAAUUUGGAUUUUUCUAUUUCUUCAGAGGAUCGUUACAGUUUGGAUUUGACCCCAAUGCCAAGAUGGUGACACAUACAUUGAAGAGUAACAACCGGUUAUAUUGUUAGAUGAGAAAUGAAGGAGAUAGAUUCAAAUGAGUAUAAUAAUUAUUCACCUAAUUUAUUGUAAGUCAAAAUGUUGAGUUUUCCUGCCUGUGCAGUGGCCAAAGAAGAUGAGCUCUGUAGACACUUUCAUGUGUCCUGGAGCAUUUAUUUGGACCACUUCACUUGCUUUGGGUCACACUGAAUGGAAGUGGGAGACAUCCGUGUGCACUGGUCAGAGAAUGUAUCUCCAUGGGUGUUUUAUUUGCUAUUUAAUAACGAUUUUUAUUUUUGACCUGUUCCUUCUUUCUAGAAUAAUUCAUUUUUAAUAUAAUGACCACAGUGUGGACUGAGCACUUAACAGAUGUUCUGCUAGCAGGUGUAGUAGGAACGCAUGCUCCAUGGAUGGCACCUAUGACUGUCAUGUACCCUCUCCCAUUCUCUAGUCUCUCCACCCACAGGAUGUUUAUUUUCACCUCCAGAUAUCAUAGGCAUUCCUUGCACACCUAAGGAAGAAAGAGCUUAGUAGUCCUGUGACUGGGUCUGGACAAAGAUGAGAAAUAGAAUUCUAGAAUAUUGGCACCUAAGAAGCUAGCAAAUCAUCUAAUGAAUGUUAUAAUUUAUAGGUGAAAUAAAAGUAGUGUGAAAUCCAGCCACCUCUUUUUUUUUUUUUUUUUAACCCUGACUGCCCUGGAGAGCAAAUUUCUCAUAUCCUCCUCACUCUUUCAUUAAAAUAUUCUCUGGUUCCCAUUUUAUAGAUGGCAGCUCCUGGGUAAUAAUAGAUUCUGUGGACAUGCUAACUGUGUGACAGGCUUAUCACUAAAUUGUAUGCUUCAUACUACACCAGGUACCCUACAGAGACUUGCUCAUUCUUUUACUGGUUCACUUAAUGACAGACACUGUCUUGAGUACAAGGGUGUAGGACAGUGAAGAAAACUCAUUGAACCCAACCUCUUUGAGUUCUAUCUGGUGGGAGUAAGAAACACAACAAACACAAAUUAACAGAUAUUAUAAAUUAUAAAGAUGUUAUUAAAGAAAUGACACAAUGAUAAGGGAGAAUAAUGUUGGGGGUGGGAGGGAGCUACC